AUAACUCGACGCGCUCAACGAGCCCAAGCAACAAAGACGUGGAAUAAAGCAGAAACGUUAAUGAAUGACGAGAUCAACGAAACCAACAUUCAACGACUACAAGUUGUGCUACAGACAUUCGACACGAAAAUCGAACAAUUGAAAAAGCUCGACGAGAAUAUAUCGUGUAAAAUCGAGACCGAGAAAGAACUGGAAAGCGAGAUCGUGGAAGCAGACGACUAUCUAAGUGAGCUAAUGGAUAAAAGGUACCGAAUACAAUUUUUUAUAAGUGCUAAUCAAGCCACUACGGCAAGUCCUAACAACACGCUGUCUGCGGCGCAAAACUAUAAUCAAGGAGAACAAUUGGCCUCUCAAGGUCACACUUACUCGCCGCAAUUGAACAAUUCGAGUGCGCAUAGAUUACCUAAGUUAGCCCUGCCGAUAUUCAAUGGGAAUCCACUAAAAUGGCAAACGUUUUGGGACUCGUACAAAGCCGCAGUUCAUGAUAAUAAAUCUCUAUGUGACAUACAAAGAUUCAAUUAUUUAAAAGCGCAUCUGGCGGAAGAAGCGGCUAGAUCAAUCGAGGGUUUACCACUAACAGACACAAACUACGCACAGUCAGUCAAGAUACUAGAAGAAAGAUUUGGUCAACCACAUAAAAUCACAAACGCACACAUGCAAGCAUUGUUAGACCUCCCUAAUCCAUCUGAGUCGGUAACUAGUUUACGUGGGUUUUACGACCGCAUGGAAAAUCACGUCCGAAGCCUUGAAGCUUUGGGAAAAACACAAGACUCCUACGGUGAUCUCCUAGUGCCCGUUAUCUUCAGCAAGCUUCCGACCACUGUAAAACACAAUCUUAUUCGAGAACAUGGAACCACGGACUUGAGUUUAGAACAAUUGCGCAAAGAUAUUUCGAAGGAAAUCCUUAUACUCGAGGCAGGUGAAGAGACAAAUAAACUUAACAAUUUAAGUCAGUCACCUGAUACCCUCCCUUCCAUCUCCAGUUUAUUAACGAACACUAGCAGAUACAAAAACCUUGGGGGAAAUUUCAGUAACUCAAAGUUUAAAACACCACCUAACCCCUCCAAACCGAAGGCGUGUACUUUCUGUAAUGGAUCUCACAAACCGAACGACUGUACGGUAGUAAGUGAUCCUGCUGCACGAAAACAAAUUGCGUUUCAGGCGAACUUGUGUUUCAACUGCCUUAAUAACCAUCGCGUGUCACAGUACAAAUCCAAAAACCGCUGCAGACAAUGUCACCAGAAACACCAUACAAGCCUUUGUGUAGGGAAUAAAGAGCGCCCAGAACAACAAAAACCUGAUCCAAACGCGCGUCAAAACAUCAAAGACAAGGACAGAAACGUGCAAUGUAUGUGUACCAACGGCGGCGACGUAGCUCAAACAACCAACACAAGCGAACAAACAUCUGGUAACAACAACACGUCAGCAUCCGUUACGAACCUUCAUACCAACCUAUCCGACAACAAGUACUCCCACCGAUGUACCUUACUGAAAACAGCAAUAGCCACCGUACAAUCCCGAAACAGAGCCGCAACCGCACGCAUCCUGUUCGAUGAAGGUGCCCAACGUUCUUUCAUAACUGAAGAAUUAGCAAACAGUCUCAACCUCGUGCCAGAAAGGACAGAACCUUUACACCUAUCAGUCUUCGGUGGUGCCCAGACAUCAGUGAAAAGAGUCGAUAUCGCAACCGUACAUCUACAAACAGACACUGGUGGAAUUAUCCCAAUCCAAGUAGUAAUCAUCCCAGUGAUUGCUAUACCACAAAAGAACCAUAUCACCACUGACAUAUACAACCUACCUUACCUCAAGAACCUCAAGCUAGCUCAUCCCGUCACCAGCGAUGACCAAUUCGAGAUCUCUCUCCUCAUUGGUGCAGACCACUAUUGGGACGUGGUAGAAGACAAGAUUGUUCGGGGAUCUGGACCUACUGCCGCCAAAUCAAAGAUUGGCUACCUACUGUCUGGACCAACUGCCAUUCCCUCCCCACCAUCAGAACUCACCGCUACAGUCCUCAAGGCCAUCGUUGCGACAGAACGGGAAGAAAUGUUAGAACGGUUCUGGAACUUGGAAUCCAUAGGCAUUUUACCUGAUGAAACCGAGAAAAAAGAAAGAGAGUUCGUUGAAGACUACCAAAAUUCCUCAAUUCACCUUGAAAAUGGACACUAUAAUGCUAAGUUGCCUUGGAAACCUAAUCACCCACCACUUCCUACAAAUGAAGCAAUAGCAAAAGGACGAACCCGCUCCACAGUACGACGGCUUGCCACAGACCCCGAAAAGCUGAAAGCAUACAACCAAAUCAUCACCGAACAACAACAACGUGGAUUUUAUCCCGAGAAAAGAUCCGAAGCAGAUGUCACUACCUUCCACACCAUGCUAUCUUGAAAGACUCCUCCACCACUCCACUUCGUGUCGUCUUUGACUGCAGCUGCAAGACAAACGAUAGUCAACCAAGCUUGAAUGAUUGUCUAGCUACCGGUCCUCCACUCUUAAACGACCUCACUGGCAACGAUGGAUUGGUUCGAGCAGCCAACAUCAGAACCAGUACCGGCCGUACUAACCGUCCAAUUGCCAAACUGUAUCCAUUAGAGGUUAGAGCUACAACAUCCUUUGGUAUUUGUCCCACAACUGACGAACCAAGUGACGAGAAAGAUCAACCAUCCGAGAACCCGCCACAGAGAGAGAAACGAUCAGCAGCAGUAGCAGCAAAGAAGAAAAUUAAAGGCUGGACAUCCUCAUUGUUGUGCCCCGCCGGAGGAUGUCGUGAAAUAGCGACAGACGCUAAAACACUAAUGACUUUAAUAUAA